UUCUUCAACAACAGCAGCAGUAGCUAUUCAGCACCCUCGGUAGCUUCCAACAUUACCGAGACAUUAGAGCUCUUAAGACGCUUUCGUUGUAUCUUUGCCUCUGUUUUAAAAUAUAACGUACUUAUUUCGUAUAGCUAGUUGACCCAUUUCAUUUCAUAUUUACGUUGUUAUUCAGGUUAGUAGCGAGCUGGCUUGCUAAAUUAGCUUAGCACCGGGCUAGUCGUUUAUCCUAACUAACUAACUUAGCUAGUUAACAUCGCCAACCAUGAGCUCAUUAAACUACUCCCCUCCUGCCAAAGAAAAGGAGGUCUGCUGUACAUUAUCGUAAAAGAAGAAGAAGAGGAGAAUAUUACAGUGAAAAGAGAGAAAUAAGCUUUCAGAAUGAAAAAGAAGGAGGAGGAUGUUACAGUGAAAAAAGAGAAAGAACAUUUUGACGAGGAAGAGGGUAAAGAGACUGUCACAGUGGAAGAGGAUGAGGUAGAAUCUUUCAGAAUGGAAGCGGAGGCUAUCGGUGUCACAUUGAAAGAAGAAGAGGUGGAUGUUAUAGUGAAAGAAGAGAAAGAACAUUUUAGAGUGAAAGAUGAAGAGGGGAUAGAGGCUGUCACAGUGGAAGAAGAGGAGGUAGAAUCUUUCAGAAUUAAAAAGGAGGAAGAGGAGGAUGUUACAGUGAAAGAAGAGGAAGAACCUUUUAGAGUGGAAGAGGAGGCUAUCUUAAGAAACGAGGAGGAAGACGUAUUGGGAGAUGAAGAGGAGACUGAAGAUCUGAUUAACACCAGAGAGGGACCAGACUCUCACUCUGACUGUGAGAAGAGUACUUCAGGGGAUCCAGUCCCAUUGAUGCCUAUACCAGUGAGACGACACCACUGUUCUCAGUGUGGAAAGAGAUUUACCCUGUUAGGGAACCUGAAAAGGCAUGAGAAGACACACACGGGAGAGAAGCCUUUCCAAUGUUCCCAGUGUGGAAAGAGUUUUACACGAUUAGGGAACCUGAAUAUGCAUGACAGAUCACACACGGGAGAGAAACCUUUCCAAUGCUCCCAGUGUGGAAAGGGUUUUACAGGGUUAGGGCAUCUGAAGGAACAUAAAAGAAUACACACAGGAGAGAAGCCUUUCCAAUGCUCCCAGUGUGGAAAGGGUUUUACCUUGUUAGGGAACCUGAAUAUGCAUGACAGAACACACACAGGAGAGAAGCCUUUCCAAUGCUCCCAGUGUGGAAAGGGUUUUACACAGUUAGGAAAUCUGAAGGAGCAUGAAAGAACACACACAGGGGAGACAUCUUACCAUUGCUCUUUGUGUGGAAAGGAUUUUGCCAAGUUAGGGAGCCUAAAGGAACAUACAAGAAUACACACAGGAGAGAAACCUUUCCAAUGCUCCCAGUGUGGAAAGAGUUUUACACGGUUAGGGCAUCUGAAGGAACAUGAAAGAAUACACACAGGAGACAAGACUUUCCAAUGUUCCCAGUGUGGAAAGAAUUUUACACGGUUAGGGAACCUGAAAAGGCAUGAGAGAGUACAUACAGUCUUUCCAAUACGCCCAGUGUGUAGCAGGAACCGGCUCAGAGACCAGAACCAAAAACUGGGAAAAAGUUGAGAAGCACAAACAGAAUCAGGAAAGAAAGGGAUCUCUACUUUUCCCGGAACAGAACCGUUAUUUUAAUUGCGUUGUAAACAGUUAAUAACUUUCUUUUAAAGCAACUGCCCAGUGAAAAUCUCACUUUAAAAGUUAAUUCUGUUAACUCAUAUGUAAAUGUUGUUGACGUGUCCUAUACGUGUGUUUGUGGACAAAGCAUAAAUUGAAGAAAAACACUUCAAAACCCCCAAACAGACCAUUUUUUAAAAAUCUUGCUAUUUCCUCAUAGAACAUGAUGUCAUCUCCCUGAGGAGGAUAAGCUGGCCAAUCAGUAGUCUACUUGUAUUAAUAUUCUAAUGACUGGUAUACGCCCACACCAUAACAACACAGAAAAGCUGCUUUUUAACAUACUUAAUAAAUACAAAUUUGAAGGAAAACGAUUUCACUCAUAUUGUAAUUAAUUAUAGGUCAUGUUUCAUAGAAGUCUGGAAACACUGGGAAUUUAAUUUAAAUUCUGGCCAUUUGUUUUUCAGUCCCACAAACAUCGCCAAUAAAGCGCUUUAUGCAAAGCCUACCUGCCCUUCCCUCCUCCAGAGCUACUUGCUCUCUCCCCGUCUCAGUCGCAUCUCGCGCCCUACACUUGUUGUCUGUCCAUCAUAUAACUAGCUUGUCUGCUCCAUAGCUGCUCCGUCCACACUGACUGGUGAAAUCAUUUAAUGAGCUACAUGUAAAAAAAAAAAAGAAGUGUUUUCACAGGUUAAAAAAGGAACAGAAAGGAACGAUAUAAACCGGUACGAACCAGUUCAGAACUUUAUUUUGAUGGUCGGAACCUAUGAGGUAUAUAAACCCUGGAUUGCUAUGUAUCGGCCAAUGAGAGGCUUUGAAGCCACCGGUCGGCCGUAUUGGCACUCCCCAUUAGGAGCAGUCCUCCAUAGGAAUGAAUGGAAUCCUACAGUAUUUCAAUUAAAUGUUUUCAAGGACAUUCUUACAUGUAAUUAAGGAAAAAAAAACAGCAGCGUUGCAGUUCUUGACACAAACCGGUGCGCCUGGCAUCUACUACCAUACCUCGUUCAUCAAAGGCACUUCAUCUUUUGUCAUGCCCGUUCAUGGCACACAGCAGCGUUGCAGUUCUUGACACAAACCGGUGCGCCUGGUACCUACUACCAUACCUCGUUCAUCAAAGGCACUUCAUCUUUUGUCAUGCCCGUUCAUGGCACACAGCAGCGUUGCAGUUCUUGACACAAACCGGUGCGCCUGGCACCUACUACCAUACCUCGUUCAUCAAAGGCACUUCAUCUUUUGUCAUGCCCGUUCAUGGCACACAGCAGCGUUGCAGUUCUUGACACAAACCGGUGCGCCUGGCACCUACUACCAUACCUCGUUCAUCAAAGGCACUUCAUCUUUUGUCAUGCCCGUUCAUGGCACACAGCAGCGUUGCAGUUCUUGACACAAACCGGUGCGCCUGGCACCUACUACCAUACCUCGUUCAUCAAAGGCACUUCAUCUUUUGUCAUGCCCAUUCAUGGCACACACACACACACACAAUCCAUGCCUCCACUGUCUCCGCCCCCUUCAUCGAUACUGAUUUGAAGUGGAGUUAACAAUAAGGGAUCCUGGCUUUCACCUGGAUUCACCUGGUUAGUCUAUGUCCUGGAAAGAGCAGGUGUUCUUAAACCUUUGGAUUCACCUGGUCAGUCUAUGUCCUGGAAAGAGCAGGUGUUCUUAAACCUUUGUCCACUCAGUAUAUAAACAGUGUAUAUAUUUUAUGUUUAGCUCACACAAUAGAAUUUAAAAGUAUUAAUUUGUCUGUAAAUGUGUCCAAAAUGAAUGUAGACAUUAAUACAUGUAUUUCUAUAUUGCCCAUGGGGCACGAAGAUGCCCCGCCCCCUUUUCAGUUAUCCAGGGUUUAUACACCUUUCUGUCAUCCAGGGUUUAUACACCUUUCAGUCAUCCAGGGUUUAUACACCUUUCAGUCAUCCAGGGUUUAUACACCUUUCAGUCAUCCAGGGUUUAUACACCUUUCAGUCAUCCAGGGUUUAUACACCUUUCAGUCAUCCAGGGUUUAUACACCUUUCAGUCAUCCACAGUUUAUA